AUGGACCAGCCAGCGGGCCUUCAGGUGGACUACAUCUUCCGGGGUGUGGAGCAUGCCGUGCGGGUAGUGGUUUCUGGGCAGGUGCUGGAGCUGGAGGUGGAGGACCGGAUGACAGCUGACCAGUGGCGGGGCGAGUUCGAUGCCAGCUUCAUCGAAGAUUUGACUCACAAGACAGGGAACUUCAAACAGUUCAACAUCUUCUGUAACAUGCUGGAGUCGGCUCUUACCCAGAGCAGUGAGUCAGUCACCUUAGACCUGCUGACCUACACCGACCUGGAGUCCCUGCGGAACCGCAAGAUGGGAGGCCGUCCAGGCUCUUUGGCCCCCAGAUCAGCCCAGCUCAACUCCAAGCGCUAUCUGAUCCUCAUCUACUCUGUGGAGUUUGACAGGAUUCACUACCCGCUGCCCCUCCCGUACCAGGGCAAGCCAGACCCUGUGGUCCUGCAGGGCAUUAUCCGCUCACUGAAGGAGGAGUUGGGCCGCCUUCGAGGGCUGGAUGGCCAGGACGCUCGGGACACCAGGGAGACUGAGAUCUGGCACCUGCGGGAGCAAGUGUCGCGUUUGGCGUCGGAGAAGCGCGAGCUGGAGGCCCAGCUGGGCCGAUCGCGGGAGGAGGCGCUGGCCGGGCGGGCGGCGCGCCAGGAGGCCGAGGCGCUGCGCGGACUCGUCCGUGGCCUGGAGCUGGAGCUUCGGCAAGAGCGCGGCCUCGGGCACCGGGCGGCCGGCCGCCGCAGCCAGGACUGUCGCCGCCUGGCCAAGGAGGUGAGGGAGGGAGCGGGCGAGUUGAGCCUGAGGGUUCAGAGAAGGUGCGCUCCGGGCCAGCGGUAAACCGACUGGUGGUCUUAUGGUCCCAGGAGACGGACUCUGCCCAUGGUGCCCCCCGCGGCCCGGGAGGACCGGGCUUCGUCGUCCCGGGAGCGCUCCACCUCACGUGGCCGCGGCGCUGCCCGCUCCUCAUCCCGGGAGAGUGGCCGCGGAAGCCGCGGUCGGGGCCGCCCUGCUCGACCCUCACCCUCGCCCACAGGUGGUCGUGCACUGCGUUUCGACCCCACAGCCUUUGUAAAAGCCAAAGAAAAGAAGCAGAGGGAAAUCAGGAUGAAGUUACAGCAGCGGAACCGAUUGGGCAGUGGAGGAAGUGGGGACGGUCCGUCCAUCUCCUGGUCUCGCCAGACCCGGCCCCCUGCCGCCGUGACUGGCCGAGGGGACGCAGCUAACCGCUCCCGAAAUCGCAGCUCCUCGGUGGACAGUUUCCGCAGCCGCUGCUCAUCUGCCAGCUCCUGCAGCGAGUUCGAGGAUUUCUCUGAGUCGCUCUCCAGAGGCAUUCGCCACCGAGGGAAGCCUCCCAGCCCCACGCCCUGGAGUGGGUCCAAGACGAAGUCCACCUCUCUGGAAUGCAGCCACCAUCAGAGACGCCUGGCCAAUUCAGGGGGCUGGGUCCCCAUCAAAGAGUACAGCUCAGACCACCAGGCAGCUGACAUGGCCGAAAUAGAUGCCCGCCUGAAGGCCUUGCAGGAAUAUAUGAACAGAUUGGAUACCCGGUCCUGACCAUGGACAGGGGGUACUUCUCCUCUAUCCCUCCCUUCUGGUGUUCCUGGGGUCUCUGGUGUGUGAGGCCCUGACCCUGCCCUCUCCCCAGACAAUGCAAGCUGGGAGGGAGGAUAUGUGCAUUUUGUAAAUAAACAUAUUUGCCCUUGGGACCCCUCA